AUGGCGGAGCAGCCGGCAGCCAAGCGAUCCGCCGCGCCGCCAACCACCCUAAACGACCUUCCGCAAAGCCUCCUCAUCCACACCCUCUCAUUCCUGCCGAUCCUUUCCGCCAUUGAAACCUGCUACAUAUCUCGGAAGUGGCGAAACCUCUGGCACUCCCUUCCUUCUCUCAAGUUCGAUAUCACUAACUUUGAGUCCAACUUUUACAACUCCACAGUCCCUGAAUACCACCAGCGCUUUGCUGAAUUCAUCACCCAAGCCCUCCUCAACCGCCCAACCACCAUCCCUCUUCGUGAUUUCGGAUUGAAUUUUUUUUACUCCUACGAACACCGCCAUAGAUCCCUUGUUACUUUUUUCAUCCGUUAUCCCCUUGACUGCAACGUCGAUGUUGUUGAUCUCGAUUUUUCCGUCAAAAACAGAUCUGUUAAGCGUUUGUCGUUAUGCCGCCGUGAACUUGUCAUUCCUUGUAAUGAUCUGAUUCGGUUUGAAUCUAUCCGGGUUUUAGAGUUCUAUGAUGUGGAGAUCGCGGAUGAGUCGCUUUCUGAAUUGAUCAUGAGGUGUCAGAAUCAUGAGAGGCUUUCCCUUGAUGAUCUCCGUGCAGGGGAGAGGAAGUUCAGGGUCAUCUCUGAUUCUCUUAAGCAUCUACAGUUGAGCCAAUAUUUUCCGAUGAAUGAAGAAGAAAGGGAGUCCUCGAUUGAGAUAUGCACACCAAAUUUGUCCUCUAUAAAUAUUUGCCACUUUUAUGUGGCGAAUUAUUCUGGGGACUUGUCCUCUGUGGUCGAGGCGAGAGUGCUUCUUAAACAGAAUUUGCAUUAUUCUUAA